CACCAACAACCGACGAACUACACCACCAGCACAAUAACAACCAAUAUGUCCCUCCCCUCCACCUACCUCGCGGCCACCGUGCCCACCCCCCAAUCGCCCACGACCCUAACCACCAAACCCCUCCCGACCCCCUCGACCAACCAAGUCCUAAUCAAAAUCACCGCCACGGCCGUGAACCCCGUCGACUGGAAAAUGCGCGACUACAACUUCUUCCUAACCGAAUACCCGGCGAUCCUCGGGUCCGACGCCUCGGGCACCAUCGCCGCCGUAGGCCCCAACGUCUCGACCUUCACGCCCGGCGACCGGGUCUUCUUCCAAGGCAUAAUCGGCAACUACGCCGCGUCGACCUUCCAACAAUACUGCGUGAUGCCAGCAGAACUCGUCUCCAAGACCCCCUCGAACAUCUCUGACGAGCAAGCCGCGGGAAUCAGUCUAGCCAGUGUGGCCGUUGUGACGGGUAUGUACGACAGCACAGGGCACGGGAUCACGCCUGCGCCUUGGGCUGAGGGCGGAUCCGAGGCAGGCAAGGGCAAGGCGAUUGCUAUUCUGGGCGGAGCGUCGAGUGUGGGACAGUAUGCGAUUCAGUUUGCGAGGUUGAGCGGGUUCACGAAGAUUAUCACGAAUGCGAGUGUUGUGCAUAAGGAGCAUCUGGAGGGGUUGGGGGCGCAUGUGGUGCUGGAUCGGAAGGUUGCUAAGGCGCAGAACUUUGUGGAUGCCGCUGGGGAGGUGCCGAUUUGUUAUGUGUAUGAUGCGAUUUCGAUGAAGGAGACGCAGGUGUUGGGCGUGGAGAUUGCGAAGAAGAGUAAGGACAAUGCGAAGGCGGUGGUUACGGUGUUGGGUGCGGAGAAGGAGGCGGAGGAGCUGGGCAAGGAGGGGGAGCAUCAGGUGGAGAUUCGGCCGAUUUUGGGUAUUGGGGCUUCGCCUAAGUUGAGGCAUAUUAGUGAGCCUAUGGUGAAGGCGCUCGGGGGUGAGGAUGGGUGGAUUGCGAAGGGCUUGUUUGUGCCGAAUCGUGUGCGGGUGGUGCCUGGUGGGUUGGAGGCUGUGGAAGAGGCUUUGAAGACGAAUAAGGAGGGGGUUUCGGGUGAGAAGGUGGUCUUCCGGCCUAAUGAGAGUGCGUAGAUAGAGUUACU